AUGGCAAUGAACAAGAGCGACGCUAAGGGGUCGCAUACGGCCGGAGAUGUUGUGCUGACGACAUACGGUGUCGGGGUUGUAGUACAGAAACGCGCCGAUGGAAGUUUUGCGAUUCGCUUGUGGAGAAUCCCCGGAAAGUCCGUCGGGUCGGCCGCCCAAGCAUUCCUGCAACCCACAACGAUCCAUCGUCGGCUUCCCGUGGCACCUGGGAUGAUAACACGCCACUCCACAGCCGCGAAUGCCUCAUCACCCAUUUCCAGCGUUGGUUCUUCGACCUCUUCUGGAAACCAAUUUUUGGUGCACUCCUACUACAAGGAUCGGAACGUGUACCUCGUGAGCCGACUUACCGACUCUGUUGAAAUUCCGGAAAACAAAUCAGGAGAAAUGACCAGUUUGUCACAACGCCGGAGCUCGCUUUUGUUACGAGAGGCAAUUAGUAGUACGAGCAGGAAGCAUCGUCUUUUUCUCGAAAUUGAUACGGAAAACCUUUCACCUUCGGUGUCGGGAAAAUAUUAUCCCGUAUUAGAAACGCUCAUGUUGCGGGGUGACCAAACCGCGGCGGCGACGGGCAGUAUACUUCAACAUCCGACUACCCAACGUCUUCUGAGCCAGACUGGGCAGGCGGUCCAAACGGGUAUUAAAAACAUUUCCCGGCAAACCAAUACAGAUGCUAAAAUUGAGGAUCUGACAGCAGCAGCAAAAAAAUGUGUUCCAGAGUUAGACAAAAACAUGAAGCAAAUUUUUAGCAUGGUCAAGGACGAGGAACUGACUGUUCUCUUGGGCAAAUGCAGAACGCGAUUGGCACAAAUAGUACAGAAAGAUCUGCCGAAAGCAACAGAACAGACUUUGGAGCGCACGGGAAUACGCAUCGUACAAUCUGAUGGUGCUGAGGCUGGCGCUUCUCUUGAGAUGUCUCGAAAGGCGGCGCUCACUGCGCUAGAUGAAUUUCUGAAAUCCAAUCUUGAUGGAAAAUCGACCAAUGAACUUCGUCAAGACUUGGCGAAGAAUUUUUCAACGGCAUUUGACUCACUCACGACAGCCGCCAAAUCAGAUCGGAACUUGAGUGAGAUCUUCGAAACAGUUUCGGAAAGGACGGCCGCCUGGCAAGAGGCCACUGGUCGCUUGAUGCGAACGAGAUCGGCAGGGCUCUUUGUGGAAGGGGCAAGUCGUUUGCAGGCGCGUGUCGGGACUAUCUUCAAUCAACAUCAAUUGCAAUGGGCAGGAGAAGUGGGAUCCAACUUGACGAAAGCGUUCACUGAAGGAGACACAGCGUUGGCAAGACUGAAAUCCAUCGCACUUGGUGAUGCCGUUAAGGCUCGACUAGUCGAAGCGAUUGAAGUUCGCAGCGAAUCCGUCGGAGGGCUCGAUGGUAUCAUCGCCGGAGCACUCUCCACUAUUCAAGGCCAUGAAGAAGACUCGAGCGGUCAGAUUACGCAAAUGAUAUCACUCAUGCAGGGAAAAGCUUCUUCCGCCUCUGAGGCUUCCCACGAGACUUUGAUUUCCGUUUUGUCUCGGCGUAGUGAAUACCGAGAUAUUGUCUUGUUAAGAAUUGAGCAUGUACUCUGUAAUCUCGGCGAUCAUCUAGGUGAUGACUUGUCUCCAGAAGCAAUUGCGUCAGUUGUAAGAGGUGAGGGGGGGACAGCCGCUAUAUUUGAACCUAUAGCCAAGCGUGCAAUGGCACAGAUUGAUCAGCAGCUUUGCACCGCAGAAACGCAAGUGACAGAUAGGACUGUUUUAGUGGUGCUACAGCGAAUUAGAAAGAUCAUGUCGGGAGAGCUGUCGCUCUCUUCUCUGAUGGACGAGGCGAUUAGCAUCCUAAACGAUGAGAACGUUGUAGCAGCUGGUGAGUCCCUUGUCCAGCACAGUGAAAACAUUUUGGAUGCGAUUGAAGGAGUUUCUAGCAACAAGGCUAUAAACGAUGCCAUACAAAUUGCUGAAAAAGCUGGUUUAACAAAAGAAGCCGUAAUGAAGGAAGUGGAGAGACUGAAUAUGAACGAACUGCUGGAUACUGCGGGGAGUGCUGUCGCAGAUGAAGAAGCACGUCACAAGCUGUUAUCAACAGCGACCGAUACCGCCUUGGAUUUUGUGCUUCGAAUCCUUCCAUCCAUGCCGGUUCCUCCUUUUGAAGGGGUAAGAGAUGGAUUGAUCUAUAAUAUAUCAAACCUCUCUCUUGAAGGAUUCAGGGUACGUAAAGAGGACAUCCAAAUUGAAUUGGCCGGGAUGCGGGCAACGAGACGUCAAUCCAGCUCACGAGAAAGCUCUGGCGUCGACGAUGGGUUUGACCCUGGUCAAACCCAUGAAAUUCGCCCAGCCCGUAGUAUGGAAAUGACAGAUAGUGAGGAACCCUUGCAAAUCGAUUCGUUAUCGAAAGAUGUGAUGGCGACAGAGCUGCUCAUCGUCGAGAUUCGUGAUAUAUCGGCCAUUCUCGAGGAUGCCAUCUGGAGCUUUGAACAAACGUACAUGCCCUAUCUUAAAGGAAACGGGAAGGCUGACGUCAAAAUGUCAAACGGUGCGAUUCGUCUGCAAUUUGAGCUGAGGCGUCGCCUCAACUCUGAGACCAAUACUAUGGAACCAGUUCUAUGUUUGCACGACCGCAGCUGUUCAAUCGGUGAGGUUGAAAUGAAGUUGCAGGGCGAGGGUAGUCUUACAUGGAUCCUCAACAAGUUGGCCGCUAUUUUUAAGGGUCCCUUACGAGACUACGUUGUUAGAACUAUUGUAAACGUUCUUACAAACCGGAGUGGUUGGAUCCUUCAGAGACUGAAUCAAGUACUGUCUUCCUACUGGGAAUUAAUUCUUCGAACAGCUGGUCUCGACAUGGAAGAUCUAGUGGAAGCGGACGAGCAGGUGGUAGUUCAACAAGUUUUUGCCAAUGAUCAUUCGCUUGUGGAACUUGUUUGGAGAGAACGGCUCCCUUUAGGAAUGAACCUGUUAACCAACGACGAAUCUGGUCACUUGAAAGUCGUUGACUUUCCGAGAGGCAGUCAGGCUCGGGGAGUUUGCGAGCUCCGUCAAUUUGAACCUGAUAUGUUCAAAGGUGCACGUGUUGUUGCUGUGAACGGGUUUGAGUACGCUGAUCAGGACGACCUAUUUGAAGCACUAAGAGAUUCAACACGGCCAAAAACAAUUCUUUUUCAGUUGGCUGAACUCGAAGAAGCGGAGAAGGUCAAUAGAUUCGUUCAAUCUGGCGAGGAUACCGAUUGCGAAGACUACGGUUUGAAUCUGCCAAGAGAAUUUGCAACGUACGAUGUAGUUUUUGAUGAGCUAGCAGAUUUGGGCAUUGAGUUCAGUCAAUCCAUUGGGAAUCAGUGUCUUUCUGUUUCCAAAUUUUUGGAAGGGAACGGCGGUAUUGUUUUUGCCGCCGAGAGGUCCGGUGACAUACAUAUAGGAGAUUUACUUGUGCGAGUAAAUGGAAAAAAUGCUCAGGGAACGUGCGAAGAAGGACAGCUAAAUGCAAUCGAUCUCUUGGAAUCGGCUGCCAAGACGCGACCUCUUUGCCUGACAUUUGCGCACUCUUACUUAUUUCGUGUUGUCGUCGAAAGGCCGGCUGUCACUCCUGGAUCUCAUGAAACAGGUGGGCCUGAUGAGAUUAUGCUCGAUGAGACUAGACUCAGUUCCGGCUCCCGCAGAGUUUUGAUCAAAGGUUUCAACAACGUGAGUGGCACUGUAGAAAGUAGCGGCAUCAUGCUGGGAGAUCACCUCGUCUUUAUUAACGGAAUUCCCGUCGGUGCUGGGGCACGAUGGCUUGGAGAAAGCCCGUCACCUCAGUUAGAUGAAGUGCAAGAAAUGAUCUUGGAUGAGUCCUUUUACCCGAUUGGUCUGACGUUUGCUCGUCCUAUGAAGAGGGAAAGUCGUUGGGGCUCAUCGUUUGAGAAUUCGCAACAAUUCAGUGACUCGGAGGCAGAAACGUUCUGCGUGACGGCAGAAAAUUACGAAAAAUUGGGAUGUAUUAUUGGCAGCACGUCAAAUAGUGAGGUUAUUGUCUCGGAUUUCUUUACAAUUGAAGGAUGUCGACAACAGGUUUCAUCUUGCAAUUGAAUCGCUGAAUGGUGAGUUCGUUCCAUCAUAUGCUACGAAAGAUAUGGUAAAAAAUGCAAUGCUUCGAAGCUGGAAAAGCGAGGGCAAAGUUGAUCUACUUCUUUGCGAUGACGAGCGGAAGAUUUUCGUACAAAACCUCGAGGAGCACCCAGGCGAAUAAUUGCAUUUGAAACAUAAGUUAAAAUAACUAGAGUAUUGUACACACC